CUAACUGACAGUGACAGCUCGUAGCACAAUCUCGAAAGUGGUGUUGUGUUUGGUUUUUGUGAAAACCACUAUUUCUACUGUAAAAUAAGCAAAAAAUAAUUAAUAAUCACACUGGUUUCUGUAAAAAAGACUAUUCUUAGUGCAAAAUAAUGUUGAAGAUUUAAUUCUGAGAGAUUUACGUAGUGAGAGAUUCUUAAUACUUGGUGCGAUGGAUCUCCGCGGGGGCUCACGUAUUUUCGUGGUGUUGUUGUUUUUUGCAUCCUGUAAUAUCGUAGAAUGCUUGAACUAUGAUGUGCAUUGGUUAGAAGGGACAACUACAAUAGAGAGAGAAGCUCCAUCUUCUAUGAAACAAAAAGUUGAUAUUUACUGCUUUCCUGGGAUAUCAAAAAAUCUGCUAGCCCUAUUCCAGACAGUCAAAUUCCAUGUGAAAACAAAAAGCAAUGAUGAGUUCAGCCAGUAUGUUGGGACGAACCCAGAGGAAGUGUUCAAGGACUACACCGAGGACAGUUACGGCUGGUCGUCCGUCAUCAGUCCGUUUCAACGGAGAGCUCAGAAGUCGUUGUAUCUGGAUCUGUUCACUCCCACAUGCAUGGCUAUUAAUACUAAACAGAGGCACAGCAUUGAGUUGCAAGUUAUAAGAGUUGAUAUAUGGAGGGUGCUGCUGAUGAUCCUCGGGCUAGUGAUCAUCCAUUCGUCAAAGGCCCUGAGCGGGAACACAGUGUUCUUCUACUUAUGUGGCAUCUUCAUCGGAGUGUUUGCAUCUUUCAUGGUCAUUGUUUACUAUGUCAGUAAACUGUUACCAAAGAAAACCCUAACCUACGGCAUCCUGAUCGGCGGCUGGACGGUUGGCGUCUACGUGUUCCAGCAAGUCUGGGAGAACCUGCGCACGAUCGUGGCGUCGUACCAGACAUACAUGUUUUGGUACACCACGAUCGUCAGCUUCGUCAGCUUCCUGAUUUGCUAUAGAAUCGGCCCGCCUAGAAACGAGAGGAGCAAGAACAUCGUUAUGUGGACUUUGCAGGGGGUGGGCAUGAUGACGGUGUUCUUCAGCAGCGACUACCGGGAGGCGUCGGCGGCGGUGGUGCUGGUGUCUCUAGCCGUUAAAUACUUCCCCGAGUCCUUGCUUCGUAUUGUUAGGGGAUAUUGGCUCCGCAAGUUCCCCCCACAAAGGCGCCUUCUCACUAACGAAGAAUAUUACGAGGAAGGGGCUCGAGAGACAAAGAAGGCUCUAGAAGAGUUACGCAAGCACUGCGCCAGCCCCGACUGCGCACAGUGGUCGAUCAUGCUCAAGCUGCACGACUCGAGACGAUUCGCCAGCUUCGUCGAAGGCAACUCCCAUUUGUCCGACGAGGAGAUCAUGGACUUCGAAUCCUACGCUUUCUCCAUGGACUCGGCUCGUAAGAGACCCGUAGCCAACUCCACCGGCAACGGUCUUGAGAUAUCCGACGACGAUGAAAUAUCGGACGACGAGCUUUAGGCCCAGUUUCCACUACAGUGAAGCGGAGCGGAGAUGAGAGAUGUACGGCGAAGCGGGCAGGCUAUUUCCACCAAAGCGGACCGAAGAAGAGCGGAGAGCGUAUGUGCGUAGCUGAAACACUAGUUCUGCUCCGCCUUGGUGAAAACUGGGCCUUAGUCGGCAAGUCGGAAACAAGUGACGAGUGAUCAAAUAGUAGUAAUCUUUUCUUAAAGGUUUUAAACCUCUGUUUGUCACCUGUCAUCCGCUUUGCAAUGGAGGGAAGUCGAACCUUAAUUUCGAACUCCUCCUAUGUUCUUCUGAUUAAUUUCGUUGCGGGUCCAAUGACAGUUUAACUUUCCCCCGGGACAAACUUGUCCUUAAUUGGUUGGGUUUUUGUGGCGGUCAAGCUGCAGAUCCUGGCUACACAGGAGUUGCAGUGGUGGGAACGAGAGGUGGGAAUAGUCCCGAGUGAUCAAAUAGUGUUGUCCGAAAACAAGUGAUAAGUGAUCAAAUGUACUUAUGGCCAGUAGUGGCAACAAAAUAUUAAAUAAUGUUGUGAUCUCGCAUUGGGCGCCAUUUAAUCAUGGAUUGUCUAUGCCCAUUCCUAUGUCAUAUAAAUGACAAUUCGGUAGUUGACACCAAUAACCAAUAAUUAAAAAUCCUAUUACAUCUCAAUAGGCUGGAAAAUAAUGGAGUGUGAUCUAUACUAUUUGACAUAAAAAGUAUGUCAACAGACUGGGGUGGUGUCAACUACCAUAUUUCGCAAAAAUGUAUUUCGUAUGAAUUGAGUUGUGAUGUUGUUAAUAAAUAAUUUGUGAUAAAAACUGCCUUAAAAACUCCGUGACUUUAUGUGCGAGUCUCCAUUUUUACAGUCAUUAUGUAUGUGAUUUGAUUUGUUAUUAUAAAAAUGUAGACUUUUAUUGACAUUAUAAAGGAUGUGAUGGUGUACUAAUUACAAACAACUACUGCUCACAAAUUUUAAGAUUUCUUCUUUAAAAAAGUAAGAAAAUGAAUUAAGAUCUCAACAAUAUUAGUGUCUGCUAUGUCAAUAAAAGUGGAUGUUUAUAAAUAAAUCGACUGAGUAGGUAGUUAUGUAUUAUAAGAAAACAAAUAUUACUUGUUAGUAAUAAUUUAAUUAGUAUUUGUCACAUACGUGUAUUUUUAUACCUUAUCACAAUGUUAAUACAUUCUUAAAAGCACCAUUUCAUGUGUAAAAAUAUGUUAUUUUAUGUUUGUAUAUAAGUGCACUUGCCUUUUUAUUUCUUAUGCAGUUGUAUAAAUAUGUAAAUUAAGUUCCUCUAUAAUUUCUGUGACAUUUUGAUUUAAAUUAUUUGGUUUGUGUGAAUAAUAAAGAUGAUUAACUAAAUAUUUUUUUAAAAUCAUAUUAGCAAUUAAACUAAAAGUAAGUAAAAGUUAAACAUCAAAUUGCUCGUUUACCAAGGGCCUUUACAAAACAAUACAUAAAUAACAUAAUUUUGUCAUCAACACAACAUAUUUCACAAAAAUGCUAUAAAUCAACCAUAAUAAAAUAAAUCCUUCAGAACAAUAUUCGAUUAAAAUAAAUUAAUAAUAAUUCUUAAACAUCAAUUACAAAGCACACUACUGAAUCCAUAAGCUUACGAUACCUAUUACACACACACUGUACGAAGAUAGAUCCUAUAGUCAGAUUUUUCUAACAGUAAAAUAUUUGAAUGGCACAGGUUGUAAGGCCCUACCCUGUAAAACUAUUUUCGCAUAAACAGCUCAUUAAUUUUCAUCUCUGAAAAAUGAUGAAAUCAGCGAAA